GUUAUAUGCAGUAUGCAUUACAUGGUCCGGGACCCAGUCGAAAAGCUGUUGCCCGCGGUUCGGAAUACAUUACUGUCGGGACUAUCACCAUCCUGGUUGCCAGCAGAACGUCAUGUGAUAUGUGGUUUAUGUAACUGGAGGUUGACAGGCUCAGGUGACAACAGGAAGGUUUCAGGUACAGUUACGUGGCUGAGUCGAGAUGUCAGGUUUAGUUCCCAGCGUCUCCUUCAACAACGGCAGAUGUAUGCCAAGUAUUGGACUAGGGACGUGGAAGUCCGAAAAAGGCAAGGUUACAGAAGCAGUCAAGGUUGCUAUUGAAAGUGGGUACCGCCAUAUUGAUUGUGCUUGGUGCUAUGGCAACGAGGCGGAAGUAGGUCUCGGGAUCAAGGCGAAGGUCGACGAUGGCACAGUUAAGAGGGAGGACCUGUUUAUUGCUACAAAACUAUGGUGUACCCACCACGAACCUGGUCGUGUGGAGACGGCGGUGCGUGAUUCCCUCGACAAGCUGGGUCUGUCCUAUGUUGACCUGUACCUGAUGCAUACACCAUUUGGCUUCAAGGAAUCAGAAGAAAUCUGUCCAAGAGACGCCGACGGCAACGUGAUGAUGUCUGACCGGGACUAUGUGGAUACUUGGAAGGCAAUGGAAAACUUGGUUGAAAAAGGACUGGUCAGAUCUAUCGGGGUGUCCAACUUCAACCUGGAGCAAAUGGAACGGUUGCUUAAAACUGACGGGCUGAAGGUUACACCCGUUACAAAUCAGAUUGAAGUGUCUCCGUAUCUCACCAACGAUAAACUUGUAUCGUUCUGCAAGGAGAGAGGGGUGACAAUCACGGCAUACGCACCCCUUGGGUCUGCUGACAACCCUGCUUUACUGUCAGUGAAGGAUCGUCCACUUGUCAUCAAUGACCCAGUAUUACAAGAACUAGGCAGAAAGUAUGGUAAAACGGCGGCACAGGUUGCACUGCGCUGGGGAGUACAAAGGAAUACUUCUGUCAUUCCGAAGAGCGUCACACCAUCUAGGAUCAAGGAGAAUAUACAGAUUCUUGACUUUGAACUGACGGAGGAGGAUAUGAAAGUUGUAUCUGAUCUCAACCGGGACUUUAGGGCUUGUUCGUUUCUCUUCGUACCGAAACACAAGUAUCAUCCUUUUAACACUGCAUGACAGAACGGAAAGUCUACCAAAAACAAAAUAUGAUUUGUGCAAAUCAUAGUAAAUAUUUUAAUUACGCAC